UCCCUCCUUACGCAGACACGCACGGCCCACCGGCGGGCGGGAGCGGAGCGGCGAGGUCAGCGGCGCCCCGCCCAGUCAGCCAGCAAGGUUGCGCGUGCCCAGGGCGACCGCCAAGAUGGUGGUGGGCGCGUUCCCCAUGGCGAAGCUCUUCUACCUGGGCAUCCGGCAGGUCAGCAAGCCGCUGGCCAACCGCAUCAAGGAGGCCGCCCGCCGCAGCGAGUUCUUCAAGACCUACAUCUGCCUGCCCCCAGCCCAGCUGUACCACUGGGUGGAGAUGCGGACCAAGAUGCGCAUCAUGGGCUUCCGGGGCACAGCCAUCAAGCCGCUGAAUGAAGAGGCAGCGGCAGAGCUGGGCGCUGAGCUGCUGGGCGAGGCCACCAUCUUCAUUGUGGGCGGAGGCUGCCUGGUUCUGGAGUACUGGCGCCACCAGACUCAGCAGCGCAACAAGGAGGAGGAACAGAAGGCAGCCUGGAAUGCACUGCAGGACGAGGUGGGCCGCCUGGCGCUGGCACUGGAGACACUACAGGCUCAGGCACAGGCGAUGCCCUCUUUGAGCGCCCUGGAGGAGCUCCGAGCUGAGCUGCGGGAAGUGCGCACCCAGGUGUGCAAUGAGCACUCCACUCCCAAGUGCCAAGCAGCAUCUUCCAAGAAAUAGUCGGCUGCUGGGGCCCCCAACAUGGCCUGGCCUGCCCUGGCCCAGCAGAAGCCACCGGGACCUUGAUGCAACUGUGACCUGUGGUGGUCACCCCUUACUGACAAAAUCUGGGCAUUUCCCCCAGGGAACACAGCAACAAAAGUGUUCAGAACCCGCCAGCUGCUGACUCAGAGUGCUCAGCCCCAACCAGGAACCACGUUGGACUUUCAAGGUCUUGCCAGCCUAUCUCCCCACUGCUCUGGCAAAGGCAAAAAUGAAAGCAGGGCUCCAACCUGAUCAGGACCUGGUUAGACAAGGUCACCUGCCAUUGUUGGAGAGCCUUCUUCCUUUGAUGGCUGAAGCCCUCGGGUCAGCAAAGCCUCUG